AGAAGAAGACAUGUCAGCUGACUGAUGUGUUUGUUCCCGUGAUCAGCUGAGAGAGAGUCAGAGCACUGAUGGAUCAGCUGGAGUUCAGCUCACACACUUCAGUCAGGAACAAGAAGUUUAUCUGCAGACACAAAUAUAAAGAAAAUAAGUUUGUACAAAUAGCUGAAGGUGCAGCAGCCAGUCUUCCUCAUCCUUUAGCUUAUGUGGAUAGCAACAUUAGUUUCACACAAUAAAUACAGGUGACGUAUCGGGUGAAUCCAGUCUCAGAUCAGCCACUGAAGAUUAGAGGUGAAGUCGAAGGCCAAAAUUAAUGUGGUCUCUGCAUCCAACCUCACUGGAUCCCAGCAGUAAUGAAGAUGCUCCUGCUGGAGAAGAUACUAGAGAGAAGACGGCUGUGUCUAUACAGAAAGCAGCUGACCCUACAUUCACACAAACAGCAGGUCAGUUCUACGUGAUGAUGAAUCCUUCAGAUGUUCUGCAUUCUGCCUCUCAGCAGACUAUAGCGCCACGCACACAUCUAUACACUGUGAAAAUGGACAGUCCACUGCGCGCUCCUAGAGACGAGAGGAGAAGAGCACAACAUAAUGAAGUUGAAAGGCGACGUCGAGACAAAAUCAACAACUGGAUUGUGACGCUCUCAAAAAUCAUCCCAGAUUGCGGCAUGGACGGCACCAAGACUGGAGCGAGUAAAGGUGGGAUCUUGUCGAAGGCGUGUGAUUACAUUGGCGAGCUGAAGCAACAUAACCAGCGUCUGCAGGAGCGUUUGAGAGGAGUAGAGAGAGUGCAGAUGGACAAUGAGCUGCUCAGACGGCAGCUGGAGGAGCUCAAGAGCGAGAACGGCCUUCUGCAAGCACAGCUGGAGCAUCUUGGCACUGACACGAUCACAGACGCCUCUCCACAAUGAACCUCAGACAUCCUGGGAAAGAGAUUCUGGCCAGUCCAGAUGAAACAAGGCCCUUGACUGAAGUGUGCCGAAUGACACACACUGGCUUGUGCUCAAGAGUCUGUCUCAGUGACUGGGUCAUCUUCAGCGCUGGAUGUCUGAUAUAGCCUGAUAUAUGUCUGAUAUAGUCUGAUAUAUGUCUGAUAAAGUCACACUUGCUGCAGAUGAGAUCAAAGGUCAAGACGUUUCCAUUAGAACCAACACCAGGAGCCCGUAAUCCUAAAAGAGGCUAAUUAUUCUUCCUAACUAACUUCCAACUAAACACUGGAAUAUAGUUAGACAGCUUUCAUUAUGUUUUUUCACUCUAAAAUAAACCCCAGACAUUAUCCCUUUGCUUUUCCUAAUUUUCCAGCUUUGUUGCUUUCAAUUUUGUCUUCAUGCUUUACUUGAAGUAUUAGUUGUUUGUUCAAUGCCUCGCUUAAUUUAAAAUUCUCCCCGAGAAACUCUGCCGCUUUGAGGUGUUUGGGAAGGUCGUUAUGGGAUGAAUGAAGCCGUGAUGAAAUGUCAUUAGCGGUUCCAGUCAAUUUUAGUGUUAAAGUCAGAACAAAAGCACCUGCACGUAUGGGUCGCACUGAAAGAAAGCUCUGAUGCAAGAAAAUGAGCUCGGACUGGGAUUAUUAGUUUCUUAUCUCGGAUCGCCUCCGGAAGACUGUUCGGAAAGCAUCGCCUAAUCUCAGAAGCAAAUGAGAAAAUAUUCACAAAGCUGUCGAGGAUGCUUCGGAGGUAAAUGCUGGACAUCUCAGGAAUGAAGAAAUGUUUGUUAUUGUGUAUUAGAGGUUUAUUCUGUUACUUUAACCUAAUCGCCAGCUUUGAAAAUGUCUUGGUUCCUCAGAAGUUAUGGUUUUGUUCUUAGUUGACUUGGCUGAAACUUUUUGUGUCAUAUUUAUAUAAACAACUUUAAGAGUUUUGUUCCUUAAUUCAUAAUUCAAGUCAGUAUUCCAUGAUUAACCAUUGCUUGCAAAUCAAAUAUGGCAGCAAGAGACGUGAAGACUUGUGAAGUUUCCAUAUUUGAUUUAAAAAGCGAUAGCAAAAACUUUCAGUGAAUAAAGACUAUGUUCUGUUGCACACAUAAAUCUGUUGAAUGACUUCAAAAGACAUUGUUUGGACCAUUUUUAUGGUGUUUUUGUCAUUUUUGGAGUUCGACAGACGUGGACACUAUAAGAGCUGCAUGAAGAUUCUUCAGUUCUCCGUUUAUAGG